AUGGAGUUGGGCAGAGGUGGUAAAGCUGGGUCCCCGCGAUACCCUUUUGAAGAACUAAGCUUUGCAUUUGAGCACUUUGAAAUUGGGCUGAGGAAUAUUCUGGGCCGGGCUGAACUAGAGGCACAGAGAAAGAGGGGCUGGUCUCAGACCUGCCUUUCCUUUCCAGGGAGCGAAGCUGAUUUUAGCUCUUCAAGCAGCACAGGCAGUAUUUCAGCGCCUGAAGUCCAUAUGUCUGCUGCUGGAAGCAAAAGAUCUUCUUUUUCUCGCAACCGUGGCCCUUAUGGUCGGAAUAAUGGAUCCUUACCCUGCAAGUCCGGAGCCAGCCCACCUGCUUCCCGUGAAAAGGACCCUUUGUCAGCACUGGUCAAAAACCAGCUGAGUCCUGCUAACAUCCAUCAGAGUUACAGAGCUUCUUCAGCCAGCAGCAGCAACUCAGGCUCAUACAAAGGAAGCGACAGCAGCCCGGUGAUGAGGCGCUCGGGGAGACACAAUUCCUGUGGUGACAAUCAUGGCAUUAAGCCACAAAAUCCAGAGCAGUAUUUGACUCCUCUGCAGCAGAAGGAAGUGACAGUACGGCAUUUGAAAACAAAGCUGAAGGAAUCUGAGAGCAAACUUAAAGAAAGGGAAACAGAAAUAGAAGAGCUCAAAGCUCAGCUGGGACGGAUGAGAGAAGACUGGAUUGAAGAAGAGUGUAAUCGUGUGGAGGCAGAGCUGGCCUUAAAGGAAGCAAGAAGUGAAAUUAAACAACUCAAGCAGGUUAUUGAAACCAUGAAAAAUAGCUUGGCUGAGAAAGACAAAAAAAUUCAGAAAUACUUCAUAGACAUAAACAUUCAAAACAAGAAACUGGAAACUUUGCUGCAGAACAUGGAGAUGGCUCAGAACAGCUCCGUGAGGGAUGAGCAAUGCCUGGAGUACACGUGUGACUCAGAGGAGAAGCCAUUAGGAUCGUGUGCCACGGUGCCAGACAGCCUCAUCGCAGAGGACCAAGCUCUGGAGGAGAUGGCAGAUAGUGGGCUGCUUCUUAAUGAGGACACAGCUAAGGGGACUGAUUCAUCUGAAGAGAGUUUGACCACAACAACCUCUCAGUUGAAUGAUCCAGCUCCCUCCAGUUCUGUUGUGAAUAAAGAGAUGCUUGAAAAUGUUCUGGAAGAAAAGCUAACUUCUUCCCAGGAGGAGAAAAGAAGCAACAUGAUGGUGGAACAGGCCAUCCAGACUGAUGUGGUGCUAUAUACCCUAAAUGUGGAGCAGCUCAUUCAAAACAUCUUCAGAGCUCAAGAUGCCUGUCAUCUAAGCCCACCCUCUUCACUGAAGGAAUUGGGUGAAUUUUCUCUUGGAAGCUUCAGUGAUUCCGGGAUCAUAGUGGAUUUAACUCCAAGUGAUCCAAAUUCCGCUAUCCUUUUGUCUCCUAUGGAGUCUCCAUGCAGGGAGGUGGAGCAUAGAGUUAAUGAAAACCGCUUCAUGAAAGAACUUGAUUUUACAGAACCUCAGGAUGACGAAGCCUUAGAGUAUGCCAAUACUUUCUCUCAGGCAGGAAUAAAGAGGAGAUACUGGAGCAGCAGCCUCUUCAGAGAUGUUCUGAGUGUAGCAGCCCCUGUCAUACCAACUGUCAUAUGGGCUUUCAGUACUCGGAGAGGAGGAACAGAUCCCAUUUACAAUAUCGGAGCAUUGCUUCGUGGUUGCUGCCUGGUGGCCCUGCACUCUUUACGCCAUACACCCUUCAACAUCGAAACCUAAGUCCACUCUGUCCCUGCGCACCAACUGGCUGAGGCAGAGAGAGAGAUGAGAUAGAUGGUAAAAACUUAUUGUAUAUUCUGGCAGAGUCCAUAGUUUUGCUUUUGACUAUUUGAUUUGCACUAUAAAUAGGUUUAAAAACGUGUUCCUUGUUUCAAAACAAAAAA